AUGGCAGCGGUUGGGGCUGGUGGUUCCACCGCAGCGCCUGUGCCUGGGGUGGUCUCCGUGGGGGCGUUGGAACCUGGGACUACGAGUGCGGGUGAGGUGGUGGGCUGGCUGAGUCAGUUGUCAUGGGGCGCUCACCGGCGCCUCAAGUACGUGUCUCUGGCUGUACUGGUGUUCCAGAAUGCCUCCCUCAUCCUCAGCAUCCGCUAUGCCCGCACACUGCCUGGGGACCGUUUCUUUGCUACUACAGCUGUUGUCAUGGCAGAAGUGCUUAAAGGUUUCACCUGCCUACUGCUACUCUUCGCACAAAAGAGGGGCAACCUGAAGCAUCUGGUUCAUUUCCUCCAUGAGGCUGUCUUGGUGCAGUAUGUGGACACCCUGAAGCUCGCAGUACCCUCUCUCAUCUAUACUUUACAGAAUAACCUCCAGUAUGUUGCUAUUUCCAAUCUUCCAGCUGCCACUUUCCAGGUGACGUACCAGCUGAAGAUCCUGACCACAGCACUGUUCUCUGUGCUCAUGCUGAACCGAAGCCUUUCGCGACUGCAGUGGGCCUCCCUGCUGCUCCUCUUCACUGGUGUUGCCAUUGUCCAGGCGCAGCAAGCAGGUAGUGGAGGCCCACGGCCACUGGAUCAAAACCCUGGAGCAGGUCUUGCUGCUGUGGUGGCCUCCUGUCUCUCCUCAGGCUUUGCAGGUGUCUACUUUGAGAAGAUCCUCAAAGGCAGCUCAGGCUCUGUGUGGCUCCGCAACUUGCAACUUGGCCUCUUUGGCACAACACUAGGUCUAGUGGGACUCUGGUGGGCUGAAGGCACUGCUGUGGCCCACUAUGGCUUCUUUUUUGGGUACACACCUGCUGUCUGGGGUGUCGUGCUCAACCAGGCCUUUGGUGGGCUCCUGGUGGCUGUUGUUGUUAAGUAUGCUGACAACAUCCUCAAGGGCUUUGCCACCUCCCUAUCUAUAGUGCUGUCCACUGUUGCUUCUAUUCGCCUCUUUGGUUUCCAUGUAGACCCAUUAUUUGCCCUUGGUGCUGGCCUUGUCAUCGGUGCUGUCUACCUCUACAGCCUUCCUCGAGGUACAGCCAAAUCCACUUCCACCUCUACCUUUGGGCCCUGCAUGCACCAGCAGCCUCCCGGGCAGCCACCACCACCACAGCUGUCUUCCCAUCGUGGAGAUGUCAUCCUGGAGCCCUUUCUGCCAAAGUCAGUCCUGGUGAAGUGA